AUGUCUUCUCCCCGCGGCUAUACAUCCUGCACCCGACACCAACCUACCGACCUCAACAUAAUGCCUCUCACCUGGCUUCCAUCAACCUCAUACGAGCUCGUCUCCAUCAUCUGCAGCACGACUAUCCUCUACAGCAUUUUCAAUCUCCAAAUCGCCUUUACUCCAUUCAUACGCCUCAUCCAGAUACCUCUGACGCGCUUCGACCAAGAGCCUCUUGCCUUCGUCAAAGAGGUCCAGAACAUCGUUUGCCGGCGCAUCCUUCUUCUCACCUUCAACGCGUUCUGGCUAGGGCACCAUCAUGGCAGUAUCAUGACCUGCUUGCUCUUCGCUUUCACGGUAUUCACGGGAUUGGGUGCGGAUAGGAAUGCGGAUGUAUGGAAGUUUGAGGUGGCGAGACUGAAGGUGGUCAGGAUGGCAGCGGCAAUGCAAGCAAAGCAUUGA